CCACAGCCUCAUCCAAUCGAUACCAGCUGCAGCGAAGCCACAAACAUUCACUUCAAUUAUCGAUGACCCGCUCACUGAUCACCUCGUCACCUCUGACCACCAUGUUUGCCUCCUGAGGUUCAGUCCAUCCAGACUGGCCUGACUUUCCCUCUGAGCUCCAACAGCUAUAAUUGGAUCUCUUAGCCUCGCAGGCUAAUGGAUUGUAGGAGCUCCCCUGUCCUGGUUGAUCCUCUCACAGUGCUCACACAAUCACCUCCGUUCCACCGUAACACACUCUGUAAAUGUUGGGAACCGCGGCGACGCACAGCUGACACCCGUCGCUAAAAGCUGAGUGGAGAAGAAGAAGAAGAAGUAGAAGAAGAAGCUUUGGAAGAAACACAGAAACAUCAGUAGGAAUUACAGAAGGCCCACUCUCCCCUGCAGGAUGAAGCCCAGAUGUGUGCGCUCCACUGUGGACCGACUUCCAACCAUCAGUGAAAUGCAGGAGAGCGACGUGGAGGACGGAGACCUGGACUCCUCCUACCACACUCUGGACGAGUACGUGGACUCCAUCAAGGAGCUCUCCCAGCCGGCCCCCUUCCCGCUCCACGGGCCCCUCAGAGGCCACCGCCGCUGGAUGGUCUGCACGCGAGGCCUCCGAGCUGCACCUUUGACUGCGCCGGCGUUUCCGAACUCCUCGAGGUCCUACGCCCCCUGGCUUCCAGUCGACCUUUCAGACGUGUUGCUCACCUUGACUGACCAGUCGAACUAUGACGCGCCGCAGCGCUUUGGACAGACACUGCUGGACAUCUUGGCUGAACAGUCUCUGUAUGCAGGCCUGGUGUGAGCCAGGAGAUGAGCGAGUGGACUGAUUUCCUUUGCUCAGACACCCCUGCAGCGUGCUGUGUUCUAUCAUUCGUAAGAAACCAAAAAGUCAUACAGAUUGUCUUUGAAGUGCUAAAUGGAUGCAACACAUGAAACAACAGAUAAGUAAAGGAAAAUAUCAAGGGCAGGACAAACAAAUGAGCCGAGUCGCCUCAAGUUUUAGCCAGCUGAAACCCUCCACCAGGCUUCUUUCCAUCCUGACCCCAAAUAUUUAAAGUCACAUUCCAUGAUGUUUUCCACUGAAGAGCCUGAAACUAUAAACUAUUAACAAAAGACUGAUUAAUUAAUGAAGAGGAAGCGGCUGCGCUGGGCCCUAGGACAUUAUAUGACCUUAAAACAAACUCUGUCUGGGUUUUAGGUUGCAAAGUUUUGCCUCUUAGCCACCACAGAGGCCCCAAACAAUUUGAAGAUGUCACUUCCCAAUUUAACUAUUCACACAUUCCCUCCUCGAAUUCUGCCGAGAGCCCCAAACCGAGGAUGUUUAAAUAUUGUAUUUCUUUCUUUCUUUCUUUCUUUGAUUUGUUUUAUCUCAGACAUUUUAAAUCUCAUUUAAUAGCCAGAUGUGUGCAGGAACCAAGGUGAGUUAUAAAAGGAAGUACCUCAAAUUUCCUUUGCACAAGUCUUAAUGUAUUCACGGUUCUGAGCUGCAGAUAUGUUGAUAUAGUUUCAAAGGCAUUUUACUCAAGCUCAAACAAAGUUUUAACAGCUACUCUUCGUGUAAACAUCCUGCACUGCCUCUUGUGACUUGUCAGGGGCCAUGCUUCAUGUUCAGUCGUUUACUUUUAGUUUCGUUUUCCCCGAAGUUCUGCGACUGAGGGAAAACUGACUCCAGCUGGCUCUUGGCAGGACUCGCCUGACUUGCCUCCAACAAUCAUGUGGUGGGAGAGAGAGGAGGAGUAGAGUGGCGCUCCCCUAAGAGACACUUCCAGUGAACAGGCCUCUGAGUUUUAUUCUGACUGACCCCAGAUUGCUCACGCACAUACGUUGAUCAUGAACAUGAAGGGCCCCGCAGGAUAGCGAUUGCACAGAACUGGGAAGAGUCGUCAUAAAAUUCUAUGACAGUCACGGAUGUCUUUAAAGUUACUGCUAUAGAUAAGACUCAUGAGUCAGAGCCAGAACUUAGAUUGCGCAACACCUAUUGCAGCAGGGAAGUGCUGCUUCAGCAGAGGCUCUGCAUUCAGCGAAUGUUUUCUUUGAAAUUUUAUCCAUGGUGAUGGUGAAGGCCAGGUACGGCCUCUUCUCCAGAACUCAUUAAAUCGGUGAGUUACUGCGAGCAGGAAGACGCGCUGUGUGUGUCCGAGGAGGCCGAUGAGCCAGAGUUCGAUUGUGUGGCGUGUAAACACUGAAGUGUGGCUUUGAGCAAGAAAUGGAGCCAAAGAUGGCUGCAGGAAUAGGAGCAGAGUGUCGGAGGAUACCGCUAGAAGUUAGUCAUAUCACCAGAAUCCAUCGAAAAAGUCUACAAAUCAUCUUCCUGAAAUGUAACUGAACUUUAAACAGUUGCAGGACUGUCGCUGCAGGCCGCCAGGCUCCAGUCGGGACAUGUACUGGAUUUACUGAUGAUUAUCAGCAGGUUUUUAGUCUGGAUGAAUUCCCAAGUUUCUUGACAAAAUAAAACAGUUAUACUUCAUUUACUUUGUAUGAUCUCAUUAUUUCACAAUACACAGCACUGCAUUGCUGAUCUGCACAAGUCCAUCUCAGCGUGGCUGCCAUUCAUAUGUACUCCAGAUUCUACAGUGCUCAUGAGAAAACCUGCUGCUGCCUUGUUUUUAGCUCUGACCUGUUGCAGGCAACGCAACUCGGAUGACUCCUUAGUGCUCCAGCAUGUUGUUGAGUUAACUGCUUCUGUCUGCCGUCUAGUGUUGAUUUGGUAACUUUUACUGAAUUUAUUCGCUGUCCGGCCAUCUGGGCACAUUUAAUCAGUGGUCGGUGAGAGAGAUUAUUCUAAAUGGCUCGUCUAAAACAUUGCACAACAAAUCAAACAGUAAUUUGUUGCUCUAGGUGGUCCUUUUGAUUUUUUUUUCUCUUUUGAAUAAUAAAUUCAGACUACUGUCACCUAGUGGUGUACUAUAUAGGCGUAUACUGCUUAAUAUUGUGUAGAUCUUCCUUGUGCCUUCACAAAAGAAAAACAGUUGUGACACAACAGAGAAUGGACACGGGUCGCCCUGAGGGUGUCCUGUGGUGCAAAAUGUUGUUAGCGGGGACCUUUGGGUCCUAUGGGUUGAGGGGAGGGUCCUCUGUGGAUCAGACUUGUUCCAGUGAAGUCCAGUGGGUGCUUCAUAUCUGAGUUCCAUCCAGAUAAAUGCCAGGUCCAAACGUUUCCCAGCAGAACACUGAACUGUCGAAUUGUCACAAGAUGGUCGGUGUUCUUUACUUCUCCUGUCAGUGGUUUUAAUGUUGUGGCUGACUGGUGUAUGCACCAGCAGGCUAUUGGCUUUAAGCUUCACGGCGUGUUGUAGUGCAACCUUUUGACCCAUACGAGGUGAGGUUGUGGGCCAUGAAUCCAAACAGACGAAGAAGGGAAAAUGCUAAGAUGCAACAUGGAGAGAACUUUCCUGCUGGUGUGUCACUACAUUAAACACACUUCCUGCUUUUCCAUGAAUUAAAAUCUGCUGCUGCAGCUUUACGUCUGUGUACAAUAUGCUAACUUUCAAAGCACCGCUGCUGCGAAGGCCGAUGAAAUGUAGAAAAUAAACAGUGACACGGUUGUGUGGGCUGCUGUGUUUAUUCUUAGUGUGUUGCUACUACUGAGUGGGUAGCAGAUUGUUGAGAGGUUCAUUGGCUUCAGUUAAACUCAGUAAACUUCAGGUUUGCCCCCAUCUCUACGAGGUUAAUAAACAAAGGCAGUUUGGUUGUUGAAGAUUUACUUUCUUACAGGAAAUACAACACCGUAAUUCAUGAGGAGGCCGUACCUCAGUCUGUGUUUUUAUUACACUGACAGAGAUAAAGAUAUCACCAAGUCAAAAUUAAUAAAUGUCACGCUCAGGUCUGAUCACCUCCUGCUGUUAAUGUUUGUGGUGCUUUCAAAACACACUGUAAAAAUUUAAAUGUGAUGAUCUGUUAAACUGCCUGCCUGUAAUACGCUGUGCAAUCAUAUCGACUUUGAA